AUGAACACAAUGAUGGCGUUCUUCUUGUUUCAAUGGUUCGAGGCGAUUCUCGGCAAACUCGUCAUUAUUCCAUAUCAAAUUGGACUUUUCGACAUUUCGGGUGAGUCAUUUCCAAGUCUACAGUAUCUCUGAUUAGCCACUAUUGUAGGUCCAAACGUUCUAGAAUUUGUUUUUGCCAAAAGGUUUCACACACACUCCGCUAUUGUCGCCUUUUCUCAGAAUACCGCCGCGAGCAGUACGUCAGUUGGUGGUCCGCGGAUUCGCACGAAAUGAUCGAGGUGGACGACGGUGUCGACCACUUUUUGCCACUUUUAAUCGCCGGUUUUCUCGUCUGGCACUACGCCUACUCGAUGAUUUUCGGCAUUUUGAAUUUGGGCGUCGAGCGCAUUUUCGCCUCGUUUCUGCUAAAGUGAGUGGCCCUGAGUGACCCAAAAACUCUGUGUGAUUGUCAGCGACUACGAGAACACUCCGCGCGCGUACAUCCCCGCCACGCUCCUCUUCGUCACGCACACCGUCACCGGACCCUUCUCGUUUCUCGUGCUGACGAAUCGAACCGGAUUCUACGUGGCCACGUCGCCUUGCUUCCUCAACUCGAUCCUCACUUUCGUGGCACGUCCCGCCGCUCUACAAUUCUACAACUUUUCGCGCCGUUUCAGAUGUUCGUCGUCGUGUGGAAAGUGAACGAGGCGCGUCGGCAAAAGUUGGAGCACGCGGGACCGGGCUCCGAUUACACGCUCGCACAACAGUUUCAGGUGAAGGAGAAUCUGCGGGCGCUCAGGGUGAGUCGCGGUUCUUUGAAAGACUGACUGAAAAGUUUUGCCGAGCGUUUUUUUCAGCUGGCCCGAAACUUGCUGAUUGUCGUGUUGUGCGCAAUGUCUGUGCCGUGUGCUCUGCUCAUUAUGCUGGUGAUUGGACUCGCCUCCUCGUUCAAAGUCUUUAUUGCUCAAGUCAUCGAGAACUCGAUUUAUUUGUGAGUUGGGGAAUGAAUGAAAGGAGAGGGGGGGUCAAAUGAUCGUUUCCCUCCAGAAACCCGAUCAUCAUCUGCUCCGUGCUAAUGUUCGGCGACGCGGACUGGCGUGGCGAGUACCUCAGCUUCAUCCCGGGCCUGAAACGACUCAACAACACGGUACACGUUUUCGUGGUGAGACCCAGACCCUCGUCGCGGGCGGCGCAAACCGGCGCCUCGUCGGCCAACAACGAAGGACUCGUCUAUUUCGAGCAACUCAAGAGGUCGUGGGGCGAGUAA